AUGGAUUAUCCUCUGGAAGGUCUUCCUGACAUUUCUGACUACGAUUAUACAAACUUCACAGAGGAACCUCUCAGCGUAGAGCAGAGCAGCCUGAGUCCCAUCGUCUUGGUGGCCAUUGUCCUCUAUGCCCUGGUGUUUCUAGUGGGCACGCUGGGCAACGGGGCUGUCAUCUGGGUGUUGGGGUUCCAGAUGCAGCGCACAGUGAGCUCAGUCUGGUUCCUUAACCUCUCGGUAGCAGAUCUUCUCUGCUGCCUGUCUCUGCCUGUUCUGGCCAUGUCCCUUGGCUCCAACAAUCAUUGGGAGCUGGGAGAUUUUGCCUGCAAGCUUUUGCCCUCCAUCAUCAUCCUCAAUAUGUUUGCCAGCAUCCUGCUGCUGGCCCUAAUCAGCAUGGAUCGUUGUGCCCUCGUGGUGAAGCCCGUCUGGUGCCAGAAUCACCGUUCAACCCGCUUAGCCUGGAGACUGUGUGGCGGGGCCUGGGUCUUUGCCACCCUCCUCACUCUGCCCUCCUUCCUGACCAGAAGAACACAACAUGAGCUUCAUAACCUGAUACUCUGUGUGGUCGACUAUGGCUUUUUUGGUGUAAAUCACCAAACUGCUGAGGUCUCUGUGGCGGUCACACGCUUCCUCGCUGGCUUCCUGGUCCCUUCGGUAGCCCUCAGCCUCUUCUACGGGCUGCUGGUUCUGCGUGUACGCAGCAGUCGCUUCACACGCUCCAGGAGGACCCUGAAAAUGAUCUUGGUGAUCGUAGUGAGCUUUUUUGUCUGCUGGGCUCCUUAUCAAGUGAUUGGCCUGAUUCUGGCCAGUAAGAAUCCGAGGAGCCCCCUCUUCCAGUUCCUGAACCAGAUGGACCCCCUGGCCGUGGCGCUCGCCAGCACCAACAGCGGCAUCAACCCCAUCAUCUACGUCAUUGCAGGUCAAGGCUUCAAGCUUAAAAUCUGGCGCUCACUGACUGCCGUGUUGCACAAUGUCCUGAAUGAGGAAAUAUCAACAGCCACCUCCCAGGCUAGGGGGGCCACUCAGGGCUCCUGCACUACCAUGGAAGUUCAGAGCACUUGCACAACCCUGUAAGCCCUUUCUGAGCAAGGCCACUGUGCCUCUAUCUUUGAGCUUGCUCCCCUUUGGCUGGAAACAUAUUCCCAGCCACUCCCUCUGGCCAUUCUGCCGUGCUAGUGUUGCUCUCCGCUGGGACCAACUGCCCAAGAUCCAGUUACUGUCACUGACUCUCUGGACCACCGUUUCUCCC